AGCGAACACAACGUCAACUGCCUGAACGACAGCAGAAAUACCAGAGGCAACAAAAAUAGCAGUUAUAACAACAACAACAACGAUAACGUGAAUAACGAACGAGAGGAAAUUAUCAAAAGUAAAUAAAGGAAAGAAAGUUGCUGAGAAAUAUUCAUGCUGAUUCAUUACGCAUGCGUGAAAAUGUUUUAUGGAAAUCGCUGUAUUCCUCGGCGGAGGCGCUGAGUUUAACUUUCAUCCCGGGACAGAAGUUGUGGAACUCGCCGCAGAUUCAAUAGCAAAAGUUUGAAGAGUUAAACUUUUUGUUUUGGAGUAAACCAGGAAAAAGAAAAGAGAGUGAAAAUAAAGAAAAAGAACACUAAACAAUCCAAUUGGUUUUAUGAUCCAGCAUGGGAUCGAAACGUCGCCGUUUGUCCUUACUGACCCUCACACUUGCUUCAAUGACAGUGGUAACUCUCUCCAUAAGCCUUUCCACAGAUUUUUGGAUAUACGUGAAAGAGCCUCUCGUUAUCGACCCAAAGACAGAAAUGGUGGUUGAGUACCGAUUUAGCAGGAUGGGGUUAUGGAGGAAAUGUUCCCUUGGCCAAAACAAGACGGCAUAUUGUCAAAGAAUUGUGAACCGUGAACAACAUGUGGUAGGAAGGUUAAACAAAACUGUAGGAGAUCUUGUAGCAGAAUCAGUCAAUUCAACGUGUGCCUUCGCCGUAGUAUCACUGGUGCUUGUCGUCUUUUCUGCCAUAAUUGGUCUCCUCAGCAACGUUCGCUAUGACAGUUAUAUAUUGCUUUCUUCUAUUCUCUUUGUAAUCUCAGGGCUUACCUUGGUAGCUGGACUGAUAAUGUUUAUCUCAGCCGUUAAUGAUGAAGUAUCGCAUCUACCUGCCGCCAACCAACAACACCCAACAAUCACCUAUUCAUUCGCUUGGUCAUUUUUCCUAGCAGGAUUCAGUUUCUUUUUGGCAGAAGGCACCGGUGUUGCAGGAAUAUACUUAUUCUUCCGUCGAAACUCCAGUCUCGAUGACAUGAUCCAAAUUAUACCCGGAUUGGAAGAGAAAAUUCCACCAGAACAACGUAAACCGAAAAACGUUGGUUACCCAAAUUUCAACAUUAUAUCAUGAGACUUGAUUGGUCAGUGCGUAAGAAAGAUAAGCGACAAUGUUAUGCUGUUAUUUCUACUAUUUAAACAGAAUUCUACUGAAAAUAAUUAUCAGCUUUGAAUCCAUGACGAGUCUCUAUUCCUGACUAUAAACUAUAUUCAUCUUCAUUUCUACUUCACUUUAUCAUUAAUGCCGUGAACAUUGACAGCAUGAAAGCCAGACAAUCCUAAUUCUCUUUUCGUUAUUAAUUUGAGACCAGGACCCAUCGGAAUCCGAAUAACAAAAUAUAUCAGUCCCACUAAAAAUAAUUAUCAGGUUCAGUUCCGUGAUGCAGUUUCAAUUCCGGAUUAAGAACUAUGUUUUUUACAAACUUUUUUUUGCCUACUCCACUAAAUAUUUACUGCAUUUAUUAAUGAGGACAGCCAUGAAAGUUAGAGAAUCUUAAUUCCAUCUCUAUAAUAUUUGAGAUCGGGAACAUAUAUACAAAGAGUAAAGUAAGAAAUCAAAGAACGUUAUAUCUGUAAAAUAAACAU